AUGUCUAUUCGUUCUACACGUGCUGCUAAACAAGCUUUAUUUAUUAACGGAAUCGGUUCUGGACUUAUUGUAUUUUUUUCGGGUUUUAUCGGAGUUAUCAUAUAUGCAUAUUAUGUCGAUUGUGAUCCGUAUACGAGUAAACAAAUUCAAGACAUCGAUCAAAUUCUUCCAUAUUUUGUGAUGGAUGUAUUAAGUGAUAAGAAAGGUUUGCCUGGUGUAUUUCUUGCUUGUAUUUUUUCCGGUUCACUGUCGACAAUUUCAUCGGGAUUGAAUAGUUUAUCAGCAGUAAUAAUCGAAGAUGUUUACAAAAGAUUGAUUGGUCGACAAAUGACUGAUCAACGGCAAGGUUUUAUUUCGAAAAUAUUGUCUGUCAUACUCGGAAUUGUUGUCAUGUUACUUACCUAUGUAGUCAGCUAUUUUGAUUCAAUACUUAAUGCUACUCUCUCUCUAUUCGGUGUCAUAGAGGGUCCGAUUAUGGGUGUCUUUGUUUUGGGUCUCUUUUUUCCACGAGCAAAUCGACGAGGCGCACUUAUCGGAUUUGUCACAGGUCUAGCCUUCCUAUUAUGGAUCUUUUUGGGUGCUCAAAUAACAAAAAAACAGAUGAAAAAUGUCAGUUUAUCAUUGUCGAUAGCCAAUUGUUCUGAAACAAUAAGUAAUACAUCAACGAAUUGGACAACAACAACAACAGUAGCGAUGCACACAUCUUUGAAGUAA